AUGCUUAUAGACAUUGUCAUCCAUGGAGACAUUCUAUGUCCAUGGUGUUUUCUCCAGAAAAAGACCCUCGAAGAAGCCAUGGAACGUUAUCAAGCACUCCACCCGGAAGUUGAAUUCGAUGUCACAUGGAAGCCUUUUCUUCUGUAUCCCACACUACGUAGAGGUGACAAGCGUGCCCUCUAUGAAAAGCUCAUGUCUCCAGAGAAGCUUCGUCUCUUCACGUCUCGACUCCAAACUGCCGGUGCUCGUUACGGUAUCGCAUUCUCUGUGACUGGCAAGACGGGGCCUUCACAGCCUGCCCAUCGACUUGUUGCCUUGACACUUCAAACCCGUGGAGCAAAUGUCCAGUCUGCUGUGCUUGAUGCUAUGUUCCGUGGUCACUUCGAAAACGGGGCUGACAUUGCUGACGAAGCGUGGUUGAUGCAUGUAGGUAGAACAGAGGCCAAACUCGAAGAUUCCGAUAUGAAAGCUGCACUUCUAGGACCAGGUCUGGGGAAGUCGCUCGAGGACGAGGUCAGAAGUGCGGCCAUAGCGGGAGUAGAAGCUGUGCCUUGCGUUACGGUUCAGAAGAAGUUUCGAGUUGGAGGGUAUCAAGAGCCAGACAUCUUUGAGAGCUUGUUUGACAAGAUACGGCGAGAGAACAGGUAA